AUGCAGAUGUGGAUGAUGGGUGCAGCAUGGUUUAUGGUAGCUCCAACCUUAGAGAUGGAAAGUCUUAAUGGCUCUAAGGAACUAAAGGAAAAGGAAAAUGAAGAGCUUGAUAUUCAGUUAAAAGUAUUUGAAGAAAACAAAGAGGAAGACCUUCUAGAACUCUCACAUCGACUCUGUGAUUUUCAAGCAGAAAUGGAAUAUCCUUUUUAUACUGUGCAUUCUGCAAAUACUACAGAUCUGCCACAAUACUACAAGGUCAUAGAUGAAUGCGUUGGACAAGUUGUACUACAGUGCAGCGGAAUGGAUCCUGAUUCCAGAUAUAGGGGUCGACUUGACGUUGAUUUUAAUCAUCUUAUAGAUUCUUGUGUGGACAAAGCAAAAGUGGAAGAAAGCGAGCAGAAAGCAUCAGAAUUUUCCAAGAAGUUUGAUGAAGAGUUCACAGCUCGACAGGAGGCACAGGCCGAGCUUCAGAAACGCGAGGAGAAAAUCAAAGAGCUGGAGACAGAAAUCCAGCAGCUAAAGACGCAGGGGACUAAACUUCCAAGUCAACUGGCACCUGCAUGUGUGCCUCCGCCACCACCUCAACCUCUACCUGGGAACAUUACACCCCCUCCUCCACCACCACCACUACUUUCUGGUAGAACACCACCUCCAGGUCUGUGUCCUCCAUCAGCACCUCCUCCGCCUCUAUUUGGUGCUCCACCACCUCCACUACCUUUUGGAGGCAUCCAGCCAACUCCACCAGCUAUUGUGUUGCCAUUUGGAAUGAUGGCCAAAAAGGUUUACAAGCCAGAAAUCAACAUGAAGAGAAUUAACUGGUCAAAGGUGGAACCUCAAGAGCUGACAGAGGCAUGCAUCUGGGUCAAGGCUAAAGAAGAGAAAUUUGAACACCCUGACAUUUUUACAAGGUUAUCACAGAUGUUUGCCACACACAUGAAAGGAACCAAGUUUGGUGCUCUUCUUGCAUGAAAUGCACCAGCCUUUGCCACCACCAAAA